CAACAACAACAACUGCUACUUCAUCAACCACAUCGUCAACAACAACAUCAACCACUUCAUCAUCCACGUCGUCAACAACAUCAGCAACAACAACAAUCGGAUGCAAUUUUUUUCUUAAUCAAACUACUUACUCAGUUGGUAAUACUCCACAAUCAGUAGCAGUCGUCGAUGUGAAUAGCGACAAUAAACCUGAUAUUAUUGUUGCAAACGAGGGUACGAACACCGUCGGUGUUCUUCUUAAUACAGGCAACGGCACCUUUAAUAAUCAAACUACUUACGCAGUUAGUAGCAAUCCAUAUUCAGUAGCAGUCGUCGAUGUGAAUAGCGACAAUAAAUCCGAUAUUGUUGUUGCAAACAGAGGUUCGGGUACCGUCAGUGUUCUUCUUAACGCAGGCAACGGCACCUUUAAUAAUCAAACUACUUACGCAGUUGGUACUCAGCCACAAUCAGUAGCAGUCAUCGAUGUGAAUAGCGACAAUAAACCCGAUAUUAUUGUUGCAAACUAUGGUUCAAACAAUGUUGGUGUCCUUCUCAACGCAGGUAACGGCACCUUUAAUGCUCAGACGACUUACUCAGUUGGUAGUAGCCCAUAUUCAGCAGCAGUCGUCGAUGUUAAUAGCGACAAUAAACCCGAUAUUGUUGUUGCAAACGAGGGUAUGAACACCGUCGGGGUUCUUUUUAACGCAGGUAACGGAACCUUUAAUGCUCAAACUACUUACGCAGUUAGUAACAAUCCAUAUUCAGUAGCAGUCGUCGAUGUGAAUAGCGACAAUAAAUCCGAUAUUGUUGUUGCAAACCAGGGUUUGAGCAACGUUGGUGUCCUUCUCAACGUAGGCAACGGUACCUUUAAUGCUCAAACUAGUUACUCAGUUGGUACUCAACCACAAUCAGUAGCAGUCGUCGAUGUGAAUGGCGACAAUAAACUCGAUAUUAUUGUUGCAAACUAUGUUUCGAACAACGUUGGUGUCCUUCUCAACGCAGGUAACGGUACCUUUAAUGCUCAAACUGCUUACGCAGUUGGCUAUUACCCGUAUUCAGUAGCAGUCGUCGAUGUCAAUAGUGAUAACAAACCCGAUAUUGUUGUUGCAAACGGUGGUUCGAACACUGUUGGUGUUCUCUUGCAUUGUUAA